AUGGCGGAAUCUGCGGUGGCCUCGGUGGUGCGAGCGUUCGGUACGCUGGCCACCGAAGAGGCCGCCUUCCUCCGCGGCGUCCACGCCGACGCCGACCUUCUCAGGGCCGAGCUCCGCCGCAUGCAGUGCUUCCUCCGCGACGCCGACGCCAGGCGCCGCGACGGCGCGCGCCUCACCAACUGGGUCGUGGACGUGCGCGCCGCGGCCUACGACGCGGAGAACGCGCUCGAGGAGGCCGACUACCUCGGGCGCCGCCGCCGCCUGCGGCUCGGGUUCGCGGGCGCCCUUGUAUGGUGCGCCGAUGUCGCCGCGCUUCACACGUUCGGCGUGAACAUCAGGCGCGUCCGGGCCAGGAUCCGUGAGAUCUCCGACGGCGCCGCAGCCUACGGGAUCGCUGAUCUUGGGGAGACCACCGCCGUCCCAGCUGACCUCCAGGAGCAAGACGAGGUGAUCCCUUAUGACCUCAGCUGGAACAGUGCAGAUACUAAUUUGAUUGUUGGAUUCCAUGAGGAGAGAAAUAAUAUAUUCAGAGAGUUAAUGAAUCAUAAGAUUUGUCAAAUUUGUGUGAUCUCCAUAGUUGGGAUGGCUGGAUCCGGCAAGUCCACGCUUGCAAGGAAAAUUUACAACGACCCCCGUGUUAAACAACAUUUUCAUUCCUCGAGUUGGAUUUCAGUGUCCGAGAAGUACAGGUUUCUUGAUCUGAUCAAGGAUAUUGCUAGGAGGAUCAUGGGUAUGACAAGGAAAAUGAUAGUUAUUAGAGAGGAGAAGGACAAGGACAGAGAGGAUGGUGGGGCAAACAGUGGUAGCAAGUCAAAGGAGGUAACCAUUGAAGAAUUGGAAAAUAUGGAGGAGGAUGAUGUAUUGAAAUUCCUGCACGAGUUCCUCGCUCAUAGAAGAUUUCUUGUAGUGUUGGAUGAUGUUUGGAAGAGUAAUUCUUACAGUAAGAUAAAUAGGAUCCUCAGUGUCUUGCCGGAUGUGAACAAUGGUAGUAGAAUCAUUUUGACCACCCGGGAUAUGGAUGUUCCAAAGCAUGUCGCCAGGAUGAAAAGCAUUCAUGAGAAGAAGCUUUUGGACGGGAGGGAGAGCUGGGAGUUGCUUGAGAAGAUGUCCUUUCCAGUGUACCAAAAUGUCAGCAGUGCUGAUCGAUCACGGUUGAUGCUGAUAGGAAAGAAAUUGGCAUUGAAAUGCAAAGGGUUGCCACUUGCUCUUGUGGUCUUGGGAGGUUAUCUUUCAAGGAACUUGGACUAUGACAUUUGGUCAGGAUUGGUUCAUAAUCUAGACUGGGAAGCUCGCAAGAAUGACGAGCCAGUCUGGAACAUCAUAGCUAGAAGUUACAAUGACCUUCCUAAUCACCAAUUGAAAUCAUGCUUUCUUUAUGUAGCCUCCUUUCCAGAGGACCAUGUCAUCCGCGUAGCAAAACUUUGCAAGCUGAUGAUAUCGGAAGGAUUUAUUCCACAUCGGCCGAAUCGGACAAUGGAAGAUACAGCAAGAGAAUAUAUAAAGGAGUUGGCACAGAGAUGUAUGCUCCAAACUGUUGAAAGGAGCAAGUGGCAUGGCUCAAUAAAGAGUGUAGUUCUCCACGAUGUGCUUCGUGAAUGGGGUAUUGCAGAGGCAAGGAGGGAGGGAUUAUUCAAUAUUUGGAGUAAUCCGACCGAUUCUGAGGCACCCUCCGAUUCGAUAACGGCUUACCGAAUUGCUCUCCAUAACUUUGUUGGAUGUACUGAGAUUAAUGUGGCCAUGCCGAUGCUCCGCACCUUGUUGGUGUUUUUCAAGUCACCAGCAGUAUCACUACUGUGCAGGAUGAAAUGUCUCAGAGUACUUGAUCUUUAUGGCCUAAAAGAACUCAAGUCAUUACCAUCUGGCGUUGGCAACUUGAUACAUCUAAGAUAUUUAGGAUUAGAAAAAUGUGGCAGUGGAUCGAUUGGCAUUCCUUCCUCAGCUAGCGAUCUCUUGAACCUGCAAACUAUGGAUGCAAGAGGGUCAACAGUAAAAUCACUACCAGGACUCUUUUGGAUUAUUCCGACCUUGAGGCACCUGUUUCUUAGUGAGGUCAAUCACUGGGUUCCUCCGGAGGUUGGAUGCCUUGGCUCGUUGCAGACUUUGUACUUGUGUGAAGUAUCUUUGUUCCGUGAUGUCAAGAGCUAUCUUUCACACAAGCAACGCAGCAGGGCUAGAAGUGCAAACUAUUCUAUUGCUCUCAGAAACGAGAAAAUAUGGGCUGCCUUCUUAAGAUCUUUGGAGCAAAUGGAGCAGGCCGUGCUCUUACACUUGGAGAGUUGGGAAGUUGCGAAAGGGUUUGGUCGUAGAUAUGCUUCUGGGAGCAGAAUACGAGGGCAGGUCUUUUCUGCGCAACUCAUCAGUAGCAUUUCGCGCCAUAGGCAUCUUCAAGUGCUAGAACUGGCUGGAAGGUGGAAGCACGGGGAUAGCCAGCUAAGCAAGCUCCCUCAUGGCCUCAAAAAGCUCAAGCUGAUAGGUUCUGAACUGAGUGAAGACCCAAUGCCUGUGCUGGGCUUCCUUCCGAAUCUGGUGGUGCUUGUCUUGGAAGACAACGCUUUCAAGUGGAACAGCAUGACAUGCGAUGCGGGAGGAUUUCCUAGGCUGUGCCACCUGACAAUUGACGGCAUAAAAAGUGUUGAGUCUUGGAAUGUUGAAGCUGGGGCAUUUCCUUCACUAACUCAUCUGAAUCUUAUAUCGAGCUUCACUGGGAUGUCCCUUCCUCCUCUAGGACUGUUGCAUGUGACUUCACUUAAGACAUUGCUGCUGAAGCGGCACACUUGGAAUGGGAGCACUAUUUCCUCCAGUAAUGUUGGCAAACUAGAGGAGAUGGGGUGCAAGGUCAUCAUUAGAUGA